AUGGACCAGACCGACUUUGAUGUUAUUGUGGUUGGGGGCGGAAUUGCUGGAUGUGCUACGACCUUGUCCCUGAUGCGCUCGGCCCCAGAUGCCACCUUUGCGCUUAUUGAUAACGCUAACCCAGCCCGUUUCAAGAUUGGAGAGUCGCUGCCUGGCGAAUCAAGACGAUUCUUACAUUAUCUAUCUCCCUCAAUCGCAGAGCGUCUAGAUCAAAACAUCGCAAAGGGAGUUCAUACACGCUCCAGAGUAAAUGCCUCUGUGUGGCAAUCCCGGGACUUGCAGGAGACACCCGCGUCCAUUGAUCCCUCUGGUGAAAGCUGGCAUAUCAACCGUGCCUCAUUUGAAGAGGAUCUACGAGCUUACGUUCGUUCGGUUUGCAAUAAUGGGAGCACCACAUCAUCCAAAUUAAUUAACGCAAACUUCAAGUCAGUCCUUAGGAACUCUGAUGGGUGGACACUUGUCGUACGUUCUGAAUCCGGUGAAGAACAUACUCUGCGCGCAAAGUGGCUCAUCGAUGCGUCCGGACGAAAGGCUACUGUCGCACAGAAACUUGGCGCAAAGACAGUCAAGGCUGAUAGUUUAAUUGCAUUUUAUACAGUCUUUUCGUCAACAGACGUAGAUCCAGACUAUCGCACACUUGUCGAGGCCACGGAAACUGGGUGGUGGUACAGCUCUCAGCUUUCCGACCAAAAGCGCGUUGUCGUAUUCCAUACCGAUGACUGUGACGCCCCCGCGAAGAUCAUCACAGAUGUGGACUACCGGCCAAUGGCAGGUAACAACAUGAGCUAUCCGCAAUGUACGGCAGCUGGGUCCUCGUUUUUGUCGCCGUACGGGGACAAAGACAGUCAAUGGUGUGCUGUUGGCGAUGCUGCAAUUGCAUUCGAUCCGCUUUCAUACCAAGGAAUGAUAACAGCUUUGCACAUGGGAUGCACGUAG